GGUUCCGGAGGGCGUGCGUCGAGGCUGCGAUCAUGGAGGGAGCCGGAGCUGGAGCCGGCUUCCGGAAGGAGCUGGUGAGCAGGCUGCUGCACCUGCACUUUAAGGAUGACAAGACCAAAGUGAGCAGGGACGCGCUGCAGCUCACGGCGGAGUUGCUGAAGAUCUUUGUUGUGGAAGCAGCAGUCCGCGGGGUGCGGCAGGCCCAGGCAGAAGACGCGCUCCGUGUGGAUGUGGACCAGCUGGAGAAGGUGCUCCCGCAGCUGCUCCUGGACUUCUAGGGAUCUCAGCCGUGGCUGAGGCCACCCCCAGAGGAGCCCCGGGUCCAUAGAAGCAGGCCUUGUGUUUCCAGCGGCCUCUGAUAACAGGCGGGGAAGGACCUGAGGAGUUUAGAGUUGAUUCAAACAAGAUCCCCAGGUGUCUCCAGCCUGUGCAGAAGGAGCAGGACUGCGGUGCGCUGCUGCCCUUGGAGUGUCCAGUGGGGACACUGGUGUGGGAAGGGGCAGCACCUGGGGAGUCCCUGCCUCUCCUCCCUGGGGCAACAGUGCGUACCACCCAGGGUCCUACAGGCAGGUGCUGGGAAAAGCCCGGCCAGCAGGUAGCCUGUGUGUUUGACAAACAGCGGCUGGCAGCGCCGCCUCCUGCCCACAUUCCUGCCACCCGACAUCAAAGCUGGCGUGUGACCUUUCCAGCCAUGCGCUAUUCCCCUUGGAAGAUGCUUCCCCAGGCUAUAAAUUUGUUCUCACAAAGCAACAUCAAUAAAUCAAAACUGUCUCUCCCA